AUGGCACGCGCGCCAUCGUUGGCAGUGGUGGAGCUCAAAAGCUCACGCGGCUGGCUGGAGACGCUGCAGACCUUUCGAGAGGUCCUGCGUCGUCGCGUGGAGCCAAACGUCAUCGUUUAUGGCGCUGCGAUCGGCUCCUGCAAAGGCAAUUGGCCCGUUUCAUUCUGGUUUCUGGAGCGUUUGCAGCAAGCAGCUGUGAAGGCAGAUGCUGAACUCUACACUAGCUGUAUUAACUCAUGCCGAAAAGGUCCUGGGCGAGCUUGGCGGGAAGUGGUGGCCUUGCUGAAGGAUCUCGAAGCCAAGGACCUGCAAUCCGACCUGUUUGUCUACAACGGUGCGAUCAGUGCCUGCGAGGCCUCCAAUUCCUGGCAGGAGGCCCUCCUGCUUUUGGGAUCCUUGGACGCCCGGCGCCUGGAAAUGGACGUGGUCUCACUCUCCUCCACCUUGACCGUGUGUGAAAGGUGCAAAGAAUGGGAGAUGACGCUGGCCCUGUUGUGCGCGGGCGAGGAGAGUCAAAUGCAGCUAAACCUCAUUACCUACAACACUGCGAUCAGUUCCUUUGGAAAAGCCAGGCAGUGGCAGAUGGCCGUGGAGUUUGUCUUUGAAGGCCUUGGACGUCGCCGGAUGGCACCCGAUCUCAUCAGCUACAACUCCUUGCUGAAUGGUUUUGGCCUUGCGCAGCAGUGGAUGGACGCGCUCUUCCUUCUAGAGCAGAUGCAGGAGCUCCGCGUCCGCGCGGACAGCUUCAGCUACAGCGCCACGAUCCACGCCUGUGGUGAGUCCUCGGAGUGGCAGCAGGCCUGUGAACUCCUCUCCGCUGCGCCGCUGGUGACCUGCGUCAUGGAGAAUGCGGCCAUGGAAGCAUGUUGCACCGCUUCCAUGUGGCCACAGGCCUUAUCCCUGUUUGACGGGAUCGACUCACCCUCUGCAGGGAGCUUCAAGAGCGCAUUGGUGGCGGCGAAAGAAGGUCAACAGUGGCUUUUGGCUCUCCAUCUCUUCAGUGAGAUGGAGAAAGCCAACAAGCCGCGAACGGUGAAUGCUUGGAACACCGUGAUCCAGGCCGUGCUGAGCGGUGCAUCGGUGCUUCGAGCACUGGAGGUGCUGAAAGACAUGGAGUUGAGCGCACUGGCGACGGAUGACAGGAUGUACGCGGAGCUCAUCGAGGCCAGCGCCCAGUGUUCCAACUGGCCCAUUGCUUGUUGGCUCAUGGAAAGAGGGAAGCUUUCAGCAGAUUUGCUCUCACAGACCAGCGCCAUCCGCGCCUGUCAGCAGUCCCAGCAGUGGGAGCGGGGCAGUUGGAUGCUGACCCAGCUGCAAGAGGCACAGCUGAAGACCGAUGUGGUUUCCAAGAACUUGCAGUUGAGCAUUUGUAAGACUGCAGAGCAAUGGUGGGAGGCUCUCCGCUGCUUCCAGCAGAUGCAGGAGAUUGAUGUGAUCUCCUACACCACCGCCAUGAGCGCCUUUGUGGAUGCUGGAGAAUGGCGACAUGCCGUCUUCCUUUUCAACGAGCUCGAGUCUCAGAGAUUGAAGCCUGCCGGGAUGACCUACACCUUCGCCUUAAGUGCCGUGGCCAUGGCUUUCCAGCAGCUCGAUGCGCAGCGCAUCACCUCGCAGCUGGAGCGCUCGGUUGCGCAGCGCUUGGAGGGCGCUCAGAUUGCCUUCGCAGCUGCCAUGAAUGCCGGUCAGCUGGAGUCUCAUUGGCAUCAGGCUGUGGUCUUCUUUGAUGCCUCUCGUCGUCUUGGCUUUGAUGAUGAAGAAGCAGAUCUAUUUCUCCUUUGCGCACUCGACAAGGCCUGCCACUGGUCUUCAUGCCUGCAGCACCUCAAAAGCGGCCGCAGCGGAUCUGAGGAAGAGCUCCGGGAGCGCAACGUGGCCAUCAACGCCUGCAGUAGGGAGCUGAGGUGGCAGCGGGCUUGCACACUGCUUCAUCAGCUUCCCAUAGAUCAAAUGCAAGGCAGUCUGGUGAGCUACCACUCCGCCCUGCUCUCGCUCCCGUGGCGCUCCGGGCUGGAGAUCCUAGAGCUCCUUGGAGGAGUACCUCUUUGCUCGUUGGACACCUGCCAUGCCGUUCUAUAUUCACUUCGUUUGGCAGCCGCCUGGCACGCUGCACUGCACUUGCUUUGGACCUUAGAUCAGCCCGUCACAAUGACCUACAACAUGGUACUGGCAUCCUCAGACUGGGCUGUGUGCCUGGUCGUGCUGGAGAACAUGCUCAUGCGAGACCUGAAACCUGAGGCUUCGAGUGCAAAUGGGACGAAGAUCGACGAAGGGACACUGAUCCGUCUGCAGCGGCGCAGCGGAUCAAGCCGAUUUGGCCCAAAAGUUCAGUCGACCUUUGAGGAUCUCUACACCUAUGCCUCCCUGCUAAGCGCCUUUGUGAGAGCCGGACGCUGGCACCAGUGCCUUCACCUCCUUCAGCUCAUGCGAAGCCAGGACGUCGGCACGUCGGUUCUCCGGCGAAGGGGACUGGCACCGGGACUGGUGUUGGUGUCGGAAGAGAGUGUGGAGCAUACAUGGUUGGAGCAUGGAAGUGGGGAACUCCCUCCAGACGCGCGCCUUUACUCCAACGUGUUGCAACAUGCCAUGCAGAGCACCAUUCUUGCCACUCCACUACAGCGCUAUCGACCAGCGAGCCUGGAAGAAGCGCUGAGAAGACAAAAGUGGCGAGGGCGCGAUUAG